AUGAUACAUAAAUAUGAGGCUGAGUUUCAAUACAAAACUUUCAGAAGUCAAGUCGUCAACGCCAGCUUAUUUUAUGAUUAUCUGAUGAAAACUUCUGAUCCUAACUUCAAAGGAGUCGUGUUGAUUUUAAUGGAUGAACUUUCGCAUAUUAAUAAGAAAAAUUAUAAAAAAUUCACUUUGAGAGUGCUAAGUGAACAUGUUAUCACUUCACACUCUUGUUGGGCGUUUCCAAAAGAUCAUUUUCUCGUUGAAGCUUUCGAUGAGAAAAUACUCGCAUUUAGAAAGAAUGGAUUAUUGAAUUUUUUGGCAGGGAAAUAUAUGGAUCCGAAGUAUAUCACUAUAAAAAGACCAAAAAUUGGUCCCAGAAAAUUAAAUCUUGAACAUCUUGAAGGUGGAUUUAAAGUUUGGUUUUGUGGAAUUUUUAGUGCACUUUUUCUGUUUAUACUUGAGGUUUUAACUUCACAAUUUGUCAAAAUUGACUGCUGUCCAUUCACUAUAAAAUAUUAA